UCCCUUCUCUUCUUGUCCCGCUAUAUAAAGUGCUUUAUUUCCUGUAUCUUGUGUAGAAGUGGAGACAAGUUGAAAGCGAGAUCUAUUUAGUCCGCACCGAAAAUACCGCAUCCCUCCAUACACCACCUUCAUUCGCAUUCACAUCCAUAGCUAAUAAUGACCGAUAAACACGAAUACGUCGAAGAGGUCGCUAUCCCUUCUGCGUCCAGCCACUCUGGUUCUGCUACCAACUUCUCAGAUCCCAUUGUCGAGAAUCUUCGCCACGAGAUGGAGCACGAGACUAAGGAGCAGGCUGCCCUCGAUAUCGAGAUGGCCAAGGCCAGAAAGACCGAGCCUCCUUCAAGGCGAUGGAUCGUCCUUGCCACAGCUACCCUUGGAGCGCUCUUUGUCUCCCUCCAGGGCUCUGCCCUGAUUGUUGCCCUGCCAGAUUUGAUGCAGAAUCUCAAUAUUGAUUUCGCUACCAUCAUUUGGGUUCUGUUAACAUACACGCUGGCCAUCACUGCAAUUGUUCCUUUGCUGGGCUUCGUUGGUGAUGCUGGUCUGAAGGGUAUUCGCUGCCGUAUGUUCAACAUUGGUUUCCUGGUCUUCACUUUGGGGUCUCUCCUCUGCGGCAUCUCUCAGAAGAAGUAUAACGGAUACGACCUCCUGGCGUACCGUGUUGUCCAAGGUCUCGGAGGUGCCCUCCUUUUCUCAAACUGCUUUGCUGUUGUCGCCGACAAGUUCUACCCUUACAACCAAGUCGGUCUCGCUAGCGGUAUCAUCAACAUCGCCUUUGCCGCAGGUACCAUUCUCGGCCCUGUCAUUGGUGGCGCCACUGUCAAGGCCAGCUGGAAGUGGGUCUUCUUCUUUAACUUGCCUUUCGGCGCUAUUGGAACUGUUGCCGGAUUCUGGUUCUGCCACGAUACAGUCUAUCCCCAUGUCCAGUACGCGUCCUUCAGUAAGAUCGUCAAGUCCUUCGAUUACACCGGAUGCAUCACCUUGACUACCAGCAUCGCCUUGCUGUUCGUCGUCGUCGUCAGCGCCCUGUUCCCUAACGGCAAGGUCUCGGAGACCGGUUCCUUGAUUGGCAUGGGUGUUGCCUUUGGCGUCCUCUUCAUCACCUUCAUCAUCCAGGAGGCCUUUGUCCGUGGAGGAAAGCGCUUCAAUGCCUCGAAGACGCCCUUCAUGGACUUCCGUCUUUUCUCCAACUGGAUCUUCAACAACACUGUCGUUCUCGGCGGUCUUGCUGGAGGUGUUGCCCGUACGAACUUGACUUUCUCCUUCAUCUUCUUCUUCCAGGGUCCAUAUAGCAAGGACCCUCUCAUGGCCGGUAUUCUCUUGAUCCCCUUCGGCUUGGGUAUUAUGAUUGCUGGUAUGCCCGCGGGAAAGCUGGCUGACACCCUCGGCUUCCGUUACUUGUGCUUUGCCGGUCUCGCUCUCGCCUCGCUUGCCACCUUGAUCAUGCCCUUGGUCAUCAAGCCCGACACCAAUACCUGGGUCAUCUCUGCUCUCUUGCUCGUCAACGGUCUCGGCUGGGGCCUUUACUCCUCUCCCUCCGCGUCCAUCUCGAUGCUCUGCAUUCUUCCCCAGCAGCGCUCAUCGUCGUCCUCGAUCCGUAUCAUGUUCACGAUGUUGUCUCAGAUGAUCGCUAUUGUUAUCUGCUUCAAAGUCAUCAUCUCGGGCAUGCCCCCAGCUGCUGUCCAAGAGCUGUUCAUCUAUGGUGGUGGCAUUGACCAUCAGUACCUAGACUCGUUCAUGCAUGGCUGGAAGAUCGUGUGCUGGAUCACUUUCGCCAUCACCUUGAUCUGCUGUAUCUGCGCUUGGGCUCUUCCAGUGACCCCUGUUAUGGCCCAUGAGGAACCUGAGUCGGAGGUUUCGAGUGUCAUGGAGGUUGAAGCAAAUAAUAAGGCUUCUGCUUGAUCAUGAACGUGCAUAGGGUAUAUAUACCAUCAUCUAUAAUAAUAAAGCAUCAUUCAUUAAUUCAAAUCAAUCAUACUGCAGCCCUGCAAGGAGUGGACCCUUGUUGCUGUUGGUGUUUUCUUUGAAACGCAUUGUUGGUAUCCAUCCACACGUGAUGGUCUGGUCAAGAAUUAUGCGCUUGUCCCCAUGGACAGUGUGUUUCCAUUACUCGCCAUCCACAGUUCCCCAAGCAGGUACCCA